UUGACGCGUCAUGUGGAGGGGCUGCUUGCAUUGUCCUAGCUCGCUACGCAGUACUUGGUCACUGCUCGACCUACUACUCUUGUUCCCAAUAUCAGAUGGAGUCCAACUACAAACUUUUCUGUCUUGUGUUGGGCGGUCAUCGCAACAAUGUCUUCUCGGUCGACAUUCGACGCACGCAGACCGUCGGGGACCUUAAAAAUAUGAUCAAGGAAAAGACGAAGCAUGCAUUCCGCGACGUAGACGCUCAUCGUCUCAUGCUAUGGGAUGUCGACCUACUUGUCGACGAGGCGUUCGAAAACCGUCUCAACAGUCUCAAACUUGACCCGAAGCAAUUCUUAUCACCUGUGACUCAAUUGUUCAAAGUUUUCUCUCAACAACCCAACGAAAAACACCUGCAUAUUGUUGUCCGACCGCCGCAUACCGCAUCUCGGCUGGUUCUUAGUUCCUGUGGUGCCACAGAUUCCAGUUGUUGAUCGACGAUUGGCUUAUCUCCGGAAGGGCGCAGGUUCUCCAUCAUCUGGUGCAAAACCGGCCGCAUUCUCUGCAACACAGGACGAGGAAGAGUACCUUUGCAAUCGUCCUCGCAGAGCC